AUGGGUAGACCGAGACGGGCAGACAAGGACCAGUCUCGAGAGAGCAGCGACAGUGCUCACGACCCGUCCAAACCCACGCGAUCAUCACCUCUUCCCAACGCUGUAUCUCAAACGAGAACCGCUGUCGACUUUACCAUGGACAGCGACGCUUGGCUAGUACAUGAUCUCGACGAUACACCGAUUGACCCAACCCUACAAAGUGUCACAGUUCAGUACCUGGACCCCUUCGACUUUGCACUCGCUGGGGAAGCCACCCUCGAAGACGAUUCGAUGAAUCUACCGACCGAACACUUCCUCCUUCCGACGAUGGAUCUUUCCACGGGCCAGUCUAUUCCAACACUCACGGAAGACGAACGACCUACAAUCGAUUCUACCGAGCCACUCAACGGACGCGGUUGCUUUUCACCCAUGCGCCAAGAGACAAUGCAAGAGUUGUCAGACUUGAAUAUGCAGCUGUCCCGACAAUUGGGGGCCGCAACCUCUACAGGGGCCGGGUCAACGAACAUCCACUCGGGUUUGGGUCUGACAGCUUUGGCUACACCACCAGAGGAGAACCGUACUCUCUGCGAUACUGUCAUCUUUAUGACGCAAAGCCUUCAAACCUACCACAGGCUGCUCGUCGACAUCGUCGGACCCAAUCACUCGGCUAUCUACGACUCACACGACAAUCGCAAGUCUAGCACUGUAGCCAGUAGUUGGCUGAGUCCAAUCGAAGGAUUGGACGUUGAUGAUGCACCAGACGUCUCAUAG